AUGGAUCCAUUUACUACUCUACAAAUGGCGUUUGAACAGCGUAAUCGUACCCUGAGUAAUUCCAGUAACGAUGAUAUUGAUAGUAUAGAUCGAAGAAAAGUUGCUCGUUAUCGCGAAAAAGUUAAUGUAGAAUAUGAUAAUCCUUGUUUGACGAGGACUGAUGAUUCACCUCUACUAAUGAUGGAAGAAAAUUCAUGUUUUGAAACCGGCCAAGAGGAUGAGACCGAAGGAGAAGGGCGAGUGGAGGAGGAUGGAUGGGUUAUUGGUGGGGGAAAUGCUGUCGACGCUGAUAUUGGUCUUAAUGCAACUGAUGACGAAGAACACGAUGAACCUGAAGUUUUUCUAUAUCCAUCAGCCCCAAUUACGGUAUCCGAUGCUUAUAAAGAAAUAAAACGAUUUGUAUUGUUGACAAAUUUAUCUCAAACUCAUCGACGAUUGCUCGUAAAAUUGUUAAACAAAUUUUUACCAACAGAAAAUAAACUUCACAAUAAACGUUUAAAUAAAUACCUUAAUCGAUCAGGUGCAUUUAAAUAUGAAACUGGUCAACUUCGUACACCUGACACUGUUACAGAAAUCUGCAAUGCCGGUGUAUCUGAUACAGUAGUUCAUGUUGUGAAACGAAAUAUGCCACUUAUUUUAAAUUGGCCUCAUCAAGUAAAAACUUAUCUCCCAUGUGAUAUCACUAAUUCAAAAAUAUAUAAGAGAGAUUUCAAGCCUAACGAAAAUCAUUUAACAAUAAUGUUACAUCAAGAUACUAUUCCUGUCUUAUCUACGAAACACACAUCAUUUUAUGUAAUAUCUGGUACACUGUUGGAGAUACUGCCAUCAUUGCGUGACUACGCCAAAAAUAAAUUAUUAUUAUGUAUUGCACACUCAUGUAAAGAUCCAGAUCUCAAUAUGUUACUUGAAGAUUUGGUAAAAACAUUAGUAAGUUUAAAAACGAAUGGUUUAAUGGUUCAAUAUGAAGCAAUAUAUGGACAAGAUAAUCAGUUAUUUUCAUUGCAUGCCGUAAAAUAUUUACCAAACCAAGUUGAUAACCAUUCAGCAUUGUUCGCUAGUGGCUGUUUUGCUGAUGAAUCGUCCCUUGGAUACCUCAAAAAACUUCGAACUAGCACGCGUCAUAUUGCAUAUAAUAUUUUUUCACAAUACUUAAUGACGCAUUCCAUAGAUGAAGAAAAUAAUGAAGCGUUAUCAGUUGAAGAUAUUUUUGUAAAACAAAAAUUAGAUCAGUCGACACUGAUAAAUCGAGAAACACUUGCUAAAUUUACUCCUCAUUUAAAAAUGUCGUUUGAACAAAGAACUAAUAAAACAUUUUCAAAUUUACCGGGUUUUGCACGUUAUCGCCGUGGUCUAAUGCAGUUCCAUUCAUUAAUCUAUCAACGUCUAAAAACACGAAUAAGUUUUGUUGUAUCUAUCAAGAACGAUAAUUGUAUGUAUACAAAAAAAUGUUAUGCAAGUGUUAUUUUAUAUUUUGAAUACAAUAAUUGUGAUGUAUGCGUUUGUAAAAAUGUUCCGUUGUGGGGAUGA